AACUUAAAGUUGUGUGUGUGCUUUUUAAAUUUUUCUGUGUGACCUGUCCCCACAUCACUUCCAGUCAGCAAGUCUGGCUGUCGCUGAUUACAUCUUCAAUAGGCUAAGUACUGUUUGUUAACAUGGACACUGUGUUACUAGGGCCCAGGGGCGCUGUAAUGUGUUUUUGUCAUAGUGAUUAGAGAACAUGACUUGUUGGCUCAAAGGAAAACAAACAUCUUCUAGGCUACACAGCUCAUACGACUUGAGUGAGCUUUCCUCCCAAUCCAAGACUAAGAGACGACACUGUCUCCGGGGGAAACGGUCUCCAUGGGUAACCAACUAGGUGUUCUUUUGGCCUGUGAUGAGAGUCGGUGCUAGUAUCUGAUCUCCCUCCUUUCCCAGAGUGGUUGUCUACACCAACACACACCUUAUUCAUUCUGCUCUCCUCCGGCAUGUCAGGUGGUUACACUCCAGCCCCUGGGGGCCCCUUCUCAGCCCUGACCUCCAGUAUGUGGCCCCAGGACAUCCUGGCCAAGUACUAUCAGAAGGACCCAACAGAGGAGGCAGAACUGCUGUAUGAUGAGUUUGGCUUCAGGCUGGACAGUGAUGAUGGAGUAGAGCCAGAGCUGAGGCCAGAGCCCCAGAGAGAGGACCCCCAGCAGAGGCUGCGCUGGCAGGCCCACCUGGAGUUCACCCACAACCACACCGUAGGAGACCUGACCUGGGACCUCAUCUCCCCCGUCCUGCCCCGCUCUGAACGCCUCCGCUCCCUGGUGCUGGGGGGCAUACCACACAGCAUGAGACCACAGUUGUGGAUGCGUCUGUCUGGAGCUCUGCAGAAGAAAAGGACUACAGAGAUCUCCUACAAAGAGAUCGUUAAGAACAGCACCAACGACGAGACCACUGCUGCCAAACAGGUACUGGAUGCUGAGAUAGAGAAGGACCUGUUGCGGACCAUGCCCUCCAACGCGUGUUUCUGCAGCCUGCAGAGUGUGGGGGUUCCCAGGCUGAGGCGGGUACUGCGGGGCCUGGCAUGGCUCUACCCAGACAUUGGCUACUGCCAGGGCACAGGCAUGGUGGUGUCAUGUCUGUUGCUGUUCCUGGAGGAGGAGGACGUGCUGUGGAUGAUGUGCGCCCUGAUCGAGGACCUGCUGCCACCCUCCUACUUCUCCUCCACCCUGCUGGGGGUCCAGACAGACCAGAGGGUCCUCAGACAGCUCAUAGUCCAGUAUCUACCAAGCCUGGACAGGCUUCUGCAGGAGCACGACAUCGAGUUGUCUCUGAUCACGCUGCACUGGUUCCUGACAUCGUUUGCCAGUGUGGUGGACAUCCGCAUCCUGCUGAGGAUCUGGGACCUGCUGUUCUACCAGGGCUCUGUGGUACUCUUCCAGGUCACACUGGGCAUGCUCAAGAUCAAGGAGGUUGACCUUCUCCUCUCUCCCCUACAGGAGGAGGAGCUGGUUUCCUCUGAGAACUCUGCGUCCAUCUUCAACACGCUGUCCGAUCUGCCCAGCCAGCUGGGUGACGGGGCUGUAGUACUGGGGGAGGCCAUGAGGCUGGCGGGGGCGCUGUCCCAGGACACACUGGAGGCCCAGAGAAACAAACACCUGGCUUACAUCCUCAAUGAGCAGGCCCAGCUCAACACCAACAACUCCCACACACUCAACAACAACCUCAAUAAAGUUGUGAGGAGACAGUCGCUACGUAGGAAGUCCACUCUGAGCUCUCUGUUGUGGGGUGAGGAUGAGGCGGAGGCUCUCAAGUCUAAGAACAUCAAGCAGACAGAGCUGGUAGCAGCGCUCCGAGAGGCCAUCACCCGCACCGCUGAACACUUCCACUGUCUGGACCCCCGACACACCAGCACUGACCUGACUCCAGACUACUCCAUGGAGAGCCACCAGAGAGACCACGAGAACUUCCUGGUUGUGUCUCGUAACCGACGGAGACGGGCCAAAGCCCUAUUGGACUUUGAGCGCCAUGACGAUGACGAACUGGGCUUCAGGAAGAACGACAUCAUCACAAUUUUUUCCCAGAAAGAUGAGCACUGUUGGGUGGGAGAGCUCAAUGGGCUGAGAGGUUGGUUCCCAGCCAAGUUCGUAGAAAUCCUCGAUGAGCGGAGCAAAGAGUACUCUCUGGCGGGUGAUGACUCGGUGACUGAGGCGGUGACAGACCUGGUCAGAGGGACGUUGUGUCCUGCCCUGAAGGCCAUCUUCCAACACGGUUUGAAGAAACCGUCCAUACUGGGAGGACCCUGCCACCCCUGGCUCUUCAUAGAGGAGGCAGCCAGUAGAGAGGUGGAGAGGGACUUUAACUCGGUCUACUCCAGACUGGUGCUGUGUAAGACGUACAGAUUAGAUGAGGAUGGCAAGGUUCUCACACCAGAGGAGCUGCUCUACAGAGCGGUGCAGUCUGUAAAUAUGAGCCACGACUCUGCACACGCUCAGAUGGACGUCAAGUUCCGCUCGCUCCUCUGCGUGGGCCUCAAUGAGCAGGUGUUACACCUGUGGUUGGAGGUGUUGUGUUCCAGUAUGCCUGCAGUGGAGAAGUGGUACCAGCCCUGGUCCUUCCUACGCAGCCCAGGAUGGGUCCAGAUCAAGUGUGAGCUCAGGGUUCUCUCAAAGUUUGCCUUCAGUCUCUCUCAGGACUGUGAGCUGCCUGUCAAGAAAGAGGAGAAAGAUCAGAGGCCACUGAAGGAAGGAGUCCAAGACAUGUUGGUGAAGCAUCAUCUCUUCAGCUGGGACAUCGAUGGCUAGAGACACACACCCAAAGCCUGCAAAAAACUCCCCUGCCCAACACAUGCUGUGUGCCGGCCAGAGUGAUCUUUCUGUUUCUUUCAUAUUGACUGCUGUCAGAACCCACUACUAGUGUUUCCAUCACUACCUCUCACUAGGAAGCAUUGUAUUGUUCAGACAUUUGAUCAUCAUUCUACAAACACAUUUGAUAUGCAUCGUGGUUUCCCUUCCUCGUCUCAACUAACCUGCAGCUGAAGCCUUUCUACUGAGGAUAGUACACUAUAGGGGGCGCGUUCAGCAAAAUGCAACUUUUUGGAAUGUUCAGAUAGAAAUAAGCAUUGUGGAACAAACAUGCCUCUGACAUGUAAGAAUAAGGAAUAACAUCAGCUCUAUUCAUGGUGUUUCUAUCUGCAAUGUUUGGCAACUUAACGUGACCAGGGUAUGAUUUGAGACACCAAAACACUUUCCAUGUCAAUCAACUAAUUACAUUUACUUUCUGAGCUUGCUAACAAAUCAAAGGUAUUUUGAUGUGUCUUAAGGAAGCAAUUAGUAUGUAACCAAGGUUGAUAGUCCUGGCUGUUAGUUCUUGGGUGAAGCUACUGUGUAUGUUGUCCACACCAGUGUUUCUGAUACUUUAGAUCAGGUGCAGAAGACUAGGAAUAUACAGAAAGUGCUGAUUGUAGCAUUCCUUAGGUACAGAGUAGUCACCUCUACUGUGCCAUAUGAAGUAUUUCCUCAGACUCAAGGACUGGGGAGUAUCACUAAGAACCAAACCGGGAGGAAUGUACCUGAAUUUGUCCCAGAGAAACUUGUUUUUGUUGUGAAACGUUUUGCAACAGUGGGCACUGAUCUGAUGUCCUAGUAGCACCUAUGUUCGUGUGUCCUGCAACCAGUACUGUAGUAGGAUGUGCUGAUUGAGAAGUGGAACAUACUCCAACCACCCUGUGGAUCUGUGUUGGUACCCAACAAUCCCAUUCUACUCUGCAUUCCAUUCACUAUUGUCUCAAUGUUUUGGUGCCAACAUGGCUCUCUGCUGUGGGCUACUAAAGUGUAUCUGUAGUUGGUGACUGGGAAGAACUACUGUACUGUGUCCAAAAAUGAAAUCUAUAACUAUGUAAACUUUCAUUUCAGUUAUUUCUUUUACAAUGGAUGUGUCCAUCCACCAUCCAUCUAACCUCCAUAUUGGUGUGUAAUUACUGAAGAAAAGCCACUUGACACAUAAGAAAAUAAACUCAAUCUCCCUGUUGUGCUCUGAUAUUAAAUUUAAGGCAGUGUAUUUAACCAUCAGAAAAUGGUGGUAUACUAUCCCAGUAACUUGUAUUCAUUCCCCUCAUCUUAACCUGUAGCAAUGUACCUAUAGACUUCGUUGUGCUGACUGUCAUACUACACAGACAAAUGGUAUCAGUUCAGACUCACUAACCUCAAACUACAACGUUAACCCUAAUUUCAACCCCUAUGCCUAAAGUUCUCACUGUUUAAAUAUAAAUUAAUUUCAUGUACAACACAGUUGACCAAUCAGUGAUCAAUUAAGCCUGUUUUUAUUGGUGAAUGUCAGAAGCAAACAGAAUUCCACACCUAAGUAAACAGUGAUGGUCCAAACAGCACUGCGACUAUUAUUACAAUCAAUGUCUCACUUAAACAGUUGCUAAUCAAGUGUACAUUAUAUUCUUAAAUAAACCUUUUCAGUGUAAA